AAUUUAAUUAAUUAUAUUAAAGAAGAGUAAUAAACCUUUGCCGUCAAAAAGCUUUCGUAAUUUCUCUUUUUGUCACUUUAUUCACAGACCCGAUCCCACCGCCUUCUUUGAUAACAAUCAUUUUUCAUUUAUACCCAUCUUUUCGAAUCUUGAUUUGAGUAUGUUUUUUUGGAUCAUUUUGUAAUCAUGAAAACAAGUGGCGAACAUCUAUACAUAUGUAAAUUGAUUUAGCUGGUUUAUAGAAUUUCAAAGAAACCAAGAGUAUCCCUAAAUUGAAUAAAGCCAUCUCAAACAUACUUUCUGAUUUGAUAUUUGAAGAAAAUUGUUGAGGAUCAGAAGCCGUGUAAAGAUAGAGAAAGAUGGGAUCUUUUAUGGGACAUGUUGUUCCAGGGACCCUGUUUCUUGUGGUUGGGGUAUGGCAUAUAUGGUGUACCGUGGUACGUUAUGCAACAGACCCGACCUCGUUUCGUGUUAAAGUUUGGAACCCGGUUCCAGGUUUUAAUGGGAAAUUGAAGUAUUUGGAGCUGUAUGUUAUAGCAGUUGGAGCUUUUAUUGAUAUGUGUAUAGAGCUUUUGUAUUCGACACACCUUAAGUUCUUUGUUAAUGGCGUCUUGAACCCACAUCAUAUGAAUGAUUUUGAACAUGGUGGAAUGCUUCUGAUGUUCUUCGUGUUUAGUAUCGUUGCUUUGCUCUCUGAAAAGACCAGCUUCCUUCCCUUACCCGAAGGUGCCCUGUGCUUAAUAUCAGCAGCAGCAUUCUGUGCAGAGUACCUCUUAUUCUAUUUCCAUUCAACAACACACCAAGGACUAGAGGGCCAUUACCAUCUUCUCCUUGUUUUACUGGUAGCUCUUUGCAUAUUAUCCAUAGUGGCUGGGGCCAUAAUGCCCACAAGCUUCCCAGCUGAUCUGUGCAGUGGUGUUGCCAUUACCCUUCAAGGUCUAUGGUUCUAUCAAACCGCCUUCACCCUCUACGGGCCCUCGAUGCCAGCUGGUUGUAAGCUUGAAGAAAAUGAAGUCACGUGUUCUUCUCAUGAACAUGAGGUUCAUGGACAGUUGCUCGCUAAUGUACAGAUGUUUGGGCUUGUUUUCAUGGUUCUAUUUGGCAUUGUUGGGGCCUAUAUUUUUGCAGAUCAUCGGUCCCGGAAGGACAAGUAUGGAGUGCUUCAGAUGAAACCUCUUGACGGGUUUCAUGUGCAGUUAUAAAAAAAAAAAAAUUUCCCACAAAGUUUUGACUUUUUUGAAGUAGAAGAGUAUCUGCAUAAGAUGAGAUGUAUAUUUGAAUUUUUCAAUUUUUUUAAUUUUCUGUAAUUUUUUUUUCCUAUGUAAUUUUAAAUCGAUUUAAUCAAUUAGUACUGCAUUUGGAACUAGAACUGAAUAAAGUCACGGAUAUCAUUUUGGA